AUGGCGACACUGGCCUCCCACCCCCUCUUCCCCGCCGACACAAACGACCAGAUCGUACUGCAUGACAAGGUCUACAACCUGUGCGCGCUCGCGCUCCGCGCCUACAUUCUCACUUGGUACUCGCGCUUCUCGCCCCGGGAUCGCGCACUCCUCCCAGCUAUCAACCGCGACAUUCUUGUCCCGCUGCUCGGCCCCAUCCUCGCCGACCUGCAUAGCGACUCGGCGCCGCUCGCCGACUUGAUCCUUCUCCACGUCCCGACACUGGCGGCCACGCAUUUGCAGGUGUAUUGGGCUGCCCGCGCCGCCGUGACGUUAGCGGGGGACGACGACCUGGCCACAGCGUACCACGCCCGCGCGCCGCUCCUCAUCACCGAACGCGUCAACGACACGUAUGUCCUCUCGCCGCGCUACUGCUCGGCUCUCGUCGAGUCGUUCCUCGCCCUGCGACUGUCACCGUCCGAGUAUGCUGCAGACGCGGAACGUCUCGUCGUCCGUGAAGUCGUCGCGCGCGCCGUUCUCGUGUCUGUGGGCCGACGACUUGCCCAGCCGUGGUUCUAUGCCCAGAUCGUACUCAAGCUCUUGGGUCAACCGGGCACUCCGCGCAGGGGCAAGUCGAUUGGCAACCAGCCACCACCCUAUCCACCACACAAAGGCUGGCAACGAGGAGUGCACAUUGCACUUCGCACGUACCGCACCCUCGUGACUGUCAUCACUGUCCUGUGGUCUGGCCUCACAUGGCUCAUCGCCACUCUGUCAGCGUGCCCGCCGGCCAGUCCCAAGCACAACCGUGUCAUGGAUCCAUGGCUUGCCGUCGCCGCCGCCUGGCUGGGGACCGACGGACGCGCAGGUCUCGCACGCCCGUCGUGGUCCGUGAGGACCGCCUGGGGCAGCGUCGAGAUUGUCACUGCCCUCCUCGCGCCCAUUCUCGACCGCCUCCUCCCGUAUCUCCUUGAGCAGCACCUCAACGCCAAGCUCGGGAUCAAGGUCGUGGACCUGCUGGAGCGCAUCCUGUUCCCGAACGGAUACCCGGGCCCGCCCCCCGUCGACCCGACACCGGAAGAGGCGAAGGCGCUGGACAGCGCUCUGCGGCAACGCGUCGAUGAGCUCGUCCCGCGCAGACUCAAACUCUGGGUCACACCCGUGGACGGCGACAGCGUGGACGCGCUCGUGGACCCGUUCUCAAACGCCGGGUGUAACGCCCACUUGGUCGGUACGCUGUAUAAUGCCGUCGUGGCCACACUGCUGCCAGAGCUCGUGCAGGGGGACGCACCAGCUACUACCAGUGGCAAGGCCACACCACCGGUGGAGGCGGCACCGCCGUACUCGGUGUCUGACGAGAAGGCAUCAGUCAAUGAGAACAAGGUCGACGAGAAGGCGUCUGCACUGGAUAAAAAGGUUCAGGAGAAGGCCUAG